AUGGGCUCUCUCUGGGCCCUGGCUCUGCCCCUUUUCUUCUGCUGCUGGGAGGCUGGGGCCCCUGGCAGCUCUGCAGGCCCCAGCACCCAUGGACCAAGCACCUUGGUGACAAUGAACCACACAGAAGUGCCUGCUGUGACUCUGGGGGUCAACACAAGCUCAGAGGGAGCCUCCAAGGCCACUGAUCUUGCUGAGACCUCUGUGUCAAGUCACAUUCCUUUAGCAACGCAAACCCUGGGCACCCAGAUCUUUGAUAAGACCUUAAUCCCAGCCAGCACCAUCUCAGAAGCAGAGACCAGGGAAACCAAAACCCUAUUUCCUGCAACAGAGACCAAGACCCUCACAAAAAUAACACCUUCCAACUUCAUGGUUGUGAUCACCACUUCUAUGGAGACAUCAGCCACAAGUGACAGCCCUUCAGGAAUUGAAAUGACUACAGUUGAGACUGUUACAGGUAGUGAUCUCCCAGAAGUCGUCUUUUACAUCGUUUGUACUGAUGACAGCUCUGAAGAGGCAAAAAGGAUCACAGUUGACGCCUUGACAUUGGCUCACACCUCUGCAGAAGCCAGGGCUCUGGCCUUGGAGAACAGCUCAGUUCCAGCCAUCAUCACCUCACAAACCCUGGCACCUGACAUCACUGUUCCACCUGAAGCCUUGGUCGCCUACAAAAUCACCAACAUCGAGGUUACCAAUUGCGACAUAGAAACAGAAGCAACUGCCUUCAUCCCUGGGACCUCAGACAUAGAUCACAGCCCCACAGGAGGAAAGACCCUGUCCACCCCUGGGAUAUCAGCUUUGCCUGACUUCAAUGAAGCAAUAUCACACCUCACCAGGACCACAACCUCUUCUGAAACCUUGUCAACAGCCAGCACCACAGAAUCAGUCACACCUGAUACCACAGUUGAGCCCCCACAUGCAACCAAUAGCCUCACAGGAGAAACAACAGCAGCCAAGGUGACCAACCCCAGUGGAACUUUGGUGACAGUAAGCACAAACCCCUUGGAAGAAACCUCAGCCCCCUCUGUUGCGACAAGAAGACACACUGAGGUCUUAGAAGCAGUUGCAAUCUCCACAGAGGCUGGGUCAACAGUGGGCAGAGCAACUUCCUCUGCUGGGUCCUCAGCUAUAGUCUACAGCCUCUCAGAAGUAGCCACUGUCAAGGAAUCCACCCGCUCAGAGACUUCUACCACAGACAGCACAACCAGUGGGCCCGUUCCCAUCAGCAGGAGCCCUCUUCCUUCUGUCCAUCUGACUACAGCCAACAGCAGCCAAGAAACAGACAUCGCCUUAGCCAAGACCACAGCCUCAGCAAAGAAGACAGCCAGCACAGCCGGAGGGAAGUCCCCAACAGCCACACCCACCACUGCUUGGACAAGGUGGACCACAGAAGUUACUACAGGUGGGAAUGAAGGCUUCCUCCUCCUGAGACUGAGCGUGGCCUCCCCAGAAGACCUCACUGACCCCAGAGUGGCAGAGAAACUGAUGCGCCAGCUGCGCCAUGAACUGCGUGCCCACCUGCCUCCCGUCCGGGUCUCCCUGCUGAGUGUGAGGAGGGGCUAA